AAGGUUACCACCGGAGGACGAGAAAGGCCGAGGGGCAUGUUCAUCUUGGGGAAGUUCAGGAGCGUGAUGAAGACUGAGGAGGGCGAGGUCAAGGUGGUGUCCGGAUACAGGUGGAAGGGUGAUCCGAGCCCAAUGCACAUUGGACUCGUCGAUAUGGAGCCCAACACCCUCCUUGUUCCGCAGUACGUUGAUGCAAAUCUCGUUAUCUUUGUGCGCAGAGGGCAUGCGAAGAUGGGGUGGAUCUGCAAGAAGGGUAAGAUGGCCGAGAGCAGACUUAGGGCCGGCGAUGUCACCGUCAUCCCUGCAGGCUCGGCCUUCUACCUCAUCAAUGACUGCAAGGACGAGAGACUGCAGGCCAUUGCAAGCAUCGAUUCGACGGAGACUCUAGGAUUCACUACUUACCAAUCAUUCUUUAUCGGUGGAGGACGGGAUCCGACUUCAAUCCUGUCAGGAUUUGAUCCGAUGACUAUCGCGUCAGCCUUCAAUGUCACCAUGGAAGAGCUAGGGUUCAUGAUGAGCCAGGCAGGCGGUCCGAUAAUCCGCAUGCACCCUCAACCUGAAGACGCAAAUAAGCCCAACGAAGACGACGAUGAAGACAGUACUACUAAAGGAUCGAUAUGGCAAAGGAUUUUCAACUUCAUCCUCGGUGGGAGUCAUCACCGUCAUCAUGGGAAGAACAGCUCCCUCAAGUCAUCUCAUGCUUAUAACCUCUAUGAUAAGAAGCCGGACUUCAGGAAUAGCUAUGGAUCGAGCGUUGCUGUCGAUGAGAGUGAGUAUGCCCCUCUGAAGCACACGGGCAUUAGCGUGUACUUCGUCAACCUCACCGCGGGCUCAAUGAUGGCACCUCACGUCAACCCCUCCGCCACCGAAUACGGCAUCAUCCUCGAUCAAACUGGGGAGCAGUAA